UUGACUGUUCGCGUGUAUCAUUCACUGCAGCACAAGAGGCGCUAGUUCAAAUUUGUGCGCUCUUGUGUACGGUCGCUCGUCGUGAGAUCGCAUGUGCCACAUUCGUCACUAGAUCGGGCGUGAACAAUUUAUUUAAAUUUCAAACGGAAAACUGUGCGUGUGUUUAGUGUCCGUGUCCAAUGCAUCACCGGAAGCACUUUUGCUCGUAGUGCCACAAACAUUGCAAAAAACUGCGGAAAAAUGAUCAUAUCACUAGUGUUGUUCUUCGGCUGCUCGCUAAUCAACUCUGGCCAUGCCGGCAAUGACAUAUCACCCACGGAUUCGUCAAGUGGGCUCAGAUACGAAGCACCAGAUGAUUGUCAGUGGUGGGUGCGAGAUCCGUCUACAGCCAGUGGACAGGACGAGGUCGCACUCACCUGCAAACUCCGCACUAUCAACAGUGAGUUCGACACGACCAACUUCAGCGUCAUACCAUCUGAGCACACAACUUCCUUGAGAAUCGAGUGCAAUUCGGACAUAAUGUCCCGUUCCAGUCUGGACGAUCGCAGUUUCGUCCACUUGAACAAACUGCGAGCUUUGGAGCUGGAGCAUUGCAAACUGGCAAGAUGGCCAGCAGCCACCCUGUUCGGCCUAAGAGAUCUGCGAAAUCUCACUGUGCGAACACACAACACCGAUUGGCCGGCAAUGAAUCUGGAUUUUUCGCGCGAUAGUUUCACCCCUGUCAGACAGCUGGAGCGUCUGGACGUGUCGUGCAACAACAUUUGGUCCUUUCCAGAGAACAUCUUCUGCCCACUCAUCAACAUGGUGUUUUUGAACGUGAGCGAAAAUCGCUUGCAAGACGUGAGCGACUUGGGCUUCAGGGAAAAAGCCCCCGGUUUACCCCAGCCGUUGAUCAGUGUGGCCGAAGACGAAGCUCAUGUUCCAGAAAACACCAGGACAUUGACGCAUCCAUGCAGUUUGGACAUUCAGGUACUGGACACGUCUUUUAAUCACUUUGUUCUCAUUCCCGCCAACGGGUUUAGUGUGUUGCGUAGACUCAAGGAGUUUUACAUUCAUAACAAUGAAAUAAGCAUGGUGGCCGACAAGGCUCUAAACGGGCUUAAGGCCCUGCAGAUUUUUGAUCUAUCCAAUAACAAAGUGGUCGCUUUGCCCAGCGAACUGUUCAAGGACUGUCGCGAGUCAAUUAAGGAAAUCUACUUGCAAAACAACUCAAUCAGUGUGUUGGCCCCAGGGCUUUUCGCCAAUCUCGAUCAGCUACUGGCUCUGGAUAUAUCGAAAAAUCUCCUAACCAGCUCCUGGAUAAACGCUGACACGUUCUCCGGCCUAAUUCGACUAGUCCUGCUGAAUCUAUCAUAUAACCGAAUCUCCAAAUUGGAUCCGUCAUUCUUCCGCGAUUUAUACACCCUGCAAAUUCUCAACUUGGAGCAUAAUUCACUGGAAACCAUUCCCGCAGACACAUUUGCCCCCAUGAAUAAUUUGCACACAUUGAUAAUUUCAUAUAACAGGAUCAGCUACUUGGACGCGUACUCUCUUAAUGGGCUCUACGUUCUGUCGCUGCUUGCCCUGGAUAAUAACGUACUCGAAGGCAUUCACCCCGAUUCAUUCAGAAACUGCUCCAGUCUGCAGGACCUGAAUUUAAAUAGCAAUCACCUGAAAGCGGUCCCGUUGGCCCUGAAAGACAUGCGGCUCUUAAGAACAGUUGAUUUGGGGGAAAAUUUGAUUACGUAUCUCGACGAGCCGGGCUUUCGAGGCCUGGACAAUUUGUACGGCCUGAGAAUGCUCGGCAACAAAAUACAAAACGUUAGCAAGCGCGCGUUCGCCGAUUUGCCGGCUCUGCAGAUUCUGAAUUUGGCCAAAAACAAAAUCGAGCGAGUCGAACAGGGCUCGUUUUCCAACAGCCCCAACUUGCAAGCCAUUCGACUGGACUCCAAUCAAUUAAUCGACGUCAGCGGAUUAUUUGCGGAUAUUCAAAGCCUGCUGUGGCUGAAUGUGUCCGAUAAUCAACUGGAAUGGUUCGAUUACGCAUUGAUUCCGCAGAGCCUACAAUGGCUCGAUUUGCAUAAAAACAACGUAAGAGAAUUGCGCAAUCGGUACAAUCUCGAUUACGAAUUAAGAUUGUCCCAAUUGGACGCCAGCUUCAACAAAAUAUCGAAAAUCAGCGCAAGCUCGAUGCCCAGCAGCAUCGAGCUGCUGUUUUUGAACGACAAUCUAAUCAGCACUGUGGAGCCGCAUACUUUCAUCAAAAAAACCAAUUUAAGCAGAGUGGAUCUGUAUGCGAACCAGAUUGGGAGCAUGGACUUGAACACGCUCCUGCUCACACCUGUUGACCCGGAGAAACCUCUCCCAGAGUUCUACAUUGGGGGCAAUCCGUUCCAGUGCGAUUGCACCAUGGAAUGGCUGCAGCGAAUCAACAAACUGGACCAUCUGCGCCAACACCCGCGAGUAAUGGACUUGGAAAGUAUCUACUGCAAACUGCUGUACAACAGGGAGAACAACUACAUGCCCCUGAUUGAGGUCGAGUCCUCGCAGUUUCUCUGCACAUAUAAAACACACUGUUUCGCUCUGUGCCACUGCUGCGACUUUGAUGCCUGCGACUGCGAAAUGACCUGCCCAACAAACUGCACUUGUUAUCACGACCAACUGUGGAGCUCGAAUGUAGUGGAAUGUUCCAGUGCGGGCUACACUGAAAUGCCAAACACCAUCCCAAUGGACGCAAGCGAGCUGUAUUUGGACGGAAACAAUUUCGGAGAACUCUCCAGCCACUCGUUCAUUGGCCGCAAGAAUUUGAGGGUUCUUUACGCGAAUAACUCCAAUAUUGCAGCGAUUUACAACCACACGUUUAGCGGACUUCGACGGUUGUCCAUUUUGCAUUUGGAGAACAAUCGAAUUAAGGAACUGCUCGGCUUUGAACUGGCCACUUUGGAGUCGCUUCGCGAGCUCUAUUUGCAAGGGAACAUGAUUCAUUUUAUCGAUAACAGGACUUUUCUCGAGUUGAAACACUUGGAAGUGCUGCGUUUGGAUGAAAAUCGGCUGUACUCGUUUGAGGUGUGGCAGCUUUCAUUGAAUCCUUAUUUGGUGGAGAUUGGGUUGGCUUAUAAUCACUGGUCUUGCGAUUGCGGGUAUGUUGGGCGGUUUAAGUCGUGGCUGAAGCAGAAUUACGCCAAAGUGGUGGACGCCACCAGAAUCACCUGCGUGGUCAACAACUCCACCAAUCUUCUGGGGCCGAAAAUGUCCGAUUUCAAUUCCUCCAAGUGUCUGCAGUUCUUUUCCGAUGGAAAUCACGCAAUUGUCGAGCAGCAGGUCAUGAACGAUUAUCUGCCGUUACUGUUGGGAACAAUGUGCGUUUUUAUCGCAAGCGUUGUGAUCGUAUGCGGCGCCUUUUACUACCGCAGAGAGCUAAGAGUAUGGGUGUAUUCGCGUUGCGGCCUGCGAAUGUGCUACAAAACUACCGCGUUUGACGAACAGCAGGACAAAGAGCGUCUUUUUGACGCUUAUGUUAGCUACAGUGUAAAAGAUGAAGUGUUCGUUAGUCAGGCUUUGGCCCCCGGAUUAGAAAGCGGCGAUCCUUCCUACAGACUGUGUCUUCACUACAGGGACUUUAACGUGUCAGCCUAUGUGGCUGACACGAUAAUUGAGGCAGUCGAAUCCUCCAAGCGAACUAUCAUUGUGCUAUCGAAGAACUUUCUUCAUAACGAGUGGUGUCGAUUCGAGUUUAAAAGCGCUUUGCACGAAGUGCUAAAAGAUAGGCGCAAGCGGCUCAUUUUCAUCGUGACUGGGGAAUUGCCUUCGCGGGAUCUCGAUCCCGAUCUAAGGCUGUACCUCAAAACCAACACGGUGAUCGAAUGGGGCGACCGGCAGUUCUGGCAAAAGCUGCAAUUUGCCAUGCCAGACGUGCGGAAAAGCUGCAUGCAUCAAAGAUCUUCUGUGAACAUCUACGCCACAGCCACUCCUUCGCAUCUAAUGGACCGAUCCAGAAGUCCAGUGUUUUCUCCACCGCCUCCUCCUGGAAAAUUGCCGCCGUUCCUGCCGAACUCUUCAAGUUUGCCACGUGAUUCCCGCACGAUGCCACAUCCUUUGUGGGCGUAGCGGUUCGCAUUUAGCAGCAUGCCCCGAACGAGCAGCAGGAGGGUUCAGAGGAGCAGUUCGAACCCCCGCAGGCUUGAACCUCGACCCACGAUCGUAUACUAGUUUCAACUUUUAAUGGCAUCCAAAACAAGUUGUGUAAUUAAUAAUUUUUUAAAGCUUUUCCAUUUAAAAUAGCAAAGUCCAAAAUUUCUAGACAGUUUUCAAGCAGGCAGGUAUCAAGCUGAAGAGUCUCGUUGACAUUCUUGCUUGGUAGCUGAAGUGGAUGUGAUAUAAGAUUUUGUGAAUAAUUCUAAAGUAUUCUUGUAUGAUAGAUAGAUGUUAAUAUGUAUGAAACGGACUGAUUAAUUGUAAUGAAUUUUAACGUUUAAAAAUGUAUAUUAAUGUCUUUUAGAAUACUUCCUAUCAAUUUUUGAGCUUAAAUAUAGUAGGUAUCUAGUCUUCGCUAGAAUAAAGGAAUUUUAUUAAUAUUAAGACGAUUCUGUUUGAAUACUUCUUCAGUAAAAAAGUGUGUUAUUGUUGUAGCUUUAGAUAGAAAAAGUGGGCUUUAUUUCAAAGAAACAGGUUGUGAGCUAGUUGUAUUUAUAGGAACUCAGUGUUCCAAUAUUUAAACUCAUUUAAACUUUCCGAAACUUUUGAGUUAAAUGCGCCGGAAAACCAGAAAACGAUUCCUAUUAUUAGGCUGUAUAGUGUACAUAAAGUUAUAAAUAAUUUAGAAAUAUAUUUUGAUGAAAUCCAAAGCACUAUUAUAAUAAAUUGUAUAUAGGAUUUAAAGCUUCAAACUAGUAACAAAAUUAAAUAAAAAUAUUUAUUACUA